AUUACAGUACAAAUAGUCUCGACCGCAGAGUCCCCCAGGCACUAUCCCCUCCUACCUCUCUCCCCUCGCCGGAGCAAGCGUACGUCCCUCGCCCUCCACACACUCUCUCGCGGUCACUGAGGGGAAACACAUAGCGCUUUGAGAGGGCCUUUCCAAGAGUGAGUGAGCGCGAAGGAGAGAGAAGAGGCAGGGGCGUCCUCACACGUGCUGUGGCGGGUUUCCUGGCCCCUCUGUACUUCUCGUGCCUCGACCUGGAGUAGUGCGGGAACUUCAGUAGACUAUUUUCGAUUGCCUUUUCGCCGACGGUGUGGAGUCUUAUGCGUAUAUUAUUUUCCGCGAGCGAGGACAGGGAUCCCCGCCUCCGAUAUUCCCCUCACUGGCUGGCGGCGGCGGCGGCCAUGACUUGACAGGACAGUGCCAGGCGAUGAAAUUUUCCUCUGAACGAAUGUUUUAGUGGUCGGCCAGCGCUGCCUUUGCAUUCUGCCUUGGUUCUUUUUGAAACGAACUGCCCUUUUUAUUAUUUUUGGUUGGGAUUAUUAUCAUUUGGGAAGAAGAGACAGUCUUAGUAGCAUGGAGACUCUGGUCAAGAUGGAGAAGCCCGGAUCUCCCGACAGCCAGACGCAGACGACAGCCUCCGUGACGCCCUUCUCCAUCACCGACAUCCUGACGCGCAUGGAGAACCGCUCCCCGACGGACCUGCACCGCUCCCCGCCCCCCGACCACCACCGCGCCGCCCUCGCCGACCUGCGCCACUCGCCGAGCCUGCAGGGCUUCCGGCCCGUGUCCGUGCUCAAGUACAACGCCUCCUCGCCCAUGGACCUCUCCAAGGACUCCGUCAUCCAUCCCGAAGUCAGCUCCUCCGUCGAGCCUUCGCCCGGAGGCGGGGGAGGGAGCGCGGCGUCCUCGCUGUCCCGCGGGGCGGCCGACGCGGACGACGCCAGGGACGGCAUCAUCUCCUCGCCCGAGGGCUUCAGCCGCCUCCUGCAGGGCGCCGGACCGGGGCGCAGGAGCAGGUCGACGUCGCCCUGCUCGGAGAUGAGCAUGGAGGAGGUCGACAUGGACAACAGCGACCGCGAGGACACCUCCCACUCGACCGACCUCUCCACCUCCGCCGGCCAGGAUGCUGCCUCCAGCGAAGACAAAGGCGAAGGCGGCGAAGGAGAGCGCGCCCCUCGGAAGAAGAGGUGUCGCGCCGCCUUCAGUCACGCCCAAGUGUUCGAGCUGGAGCGCCGUUUCGCCCACCAGCGCUACCUCUCCGGCCCCGAGCGCGCGGACUUGGCUCAGGCGCUCAAACUGACGGAACAGCAGGUCAAGAUCUGGUUCCAGAACCGCCGCUACAAGACCAAGAGGAAGCAGCUGUCAGCGUGUGAACCGCCCUCCUCCGGCCGCCGAGUUGCUGUCAAGGUGCUGAUGCGAGACGACCAGCUGCUUCUGGGGCCUGAGGAGGGCCUCCCCCGCCCCCCUCUCCUCCUCCCCUCGCUCAGCACCCUCAGCACCCUCAGCUCCCUCGGCUCCCUCGGCUCGCUGGGCUCCCUGGGCAUCCCCCCCUACUGCUACUACCCCUACCUAUGCCCCCCUCCUCACUCCGGCGGGGCGAAUCCGCGCGGCCUCCUCGCCCACGCCCGCGCCCGUGUCCAGCAGCUCGGCGGUGGGCGGCGGAUCGGCGAGCGGCGGCGGCGGCUUGGUGGGCCGCCCCGCCCCCCACACGCCCUCGCCCCCACGCCCGUGAGAGGCAGGGGGGAAGGAGGGUCGCACGCCCUUCGCUCCACGCCCGUGAGGAGAGAGGAUGCCCACCGCGCCCACGAGCUGAAGGAGAGACCGACGCCCGUGGUCCUUCGGCCUCGAGAGUCAGCGCCGCGAGUCGCCCUGACGCCAAACCUGUACAUAUUACGCGUGACUUCGGGAGAGACGAAAUGCCACGUUGCAUGGCACGCACGCCUCACCGAGAACGACCUCAAAGUAGCAGCCACGGAGGAGGAGCAAAGCAUUUCCAAGAGUAUAACUUAUGGCUAA